GUGAAGUUUGAGCUGGAGGAAGGGCCUGCGGCUGCUAAUGGGGCCCGCUAUAAAUAGCGGCUAUUUGUACGUACACUGUACGUACAGUUACCUAUCAAGGGGCCUUGAAUCUGCCAGCAGCUCUCAUGAGCAGUCUUUUGCCAAUGGUACGUAUUGGAUGAACACUGAUCCAAGGCCAAUUAGAGCAGUUCACAUGCAUACUUCACCCUGCAUUCGUAAAGCAUUGCAAAACGCACAAUCCUCCGCAAACCUGCAUCCCUUUCCAACAGCGCCAGCAAAAGCUUUCCCUCUGAGAGCGCAGCCAUGGCCCGCCUUAUGAUCGCCGCUCUCCUGAUCGCGACAGUCGCGUCCGUUUCAGCGGUCGACUCCUUCUCAUACGAGUCCAGGAAGCUGGGGACUGCAUCCUACUACAAGUUCGAUGCCACUGAGCUGAUCGGCGGGGAAGGCGGCAAGUUCCCCGAGGCGCCCGGCGAGACGCUGACGUACAAGAACGUCAUCACGGCCGGGGGCAUCCACGGUGACGUCAUCGCCUUCAUCAACGGCUACUUCGUGCUGACGUCAGCGGCCGCCAACGGCGAGGAGGCGUGGUUCGAGCAGACCCAGACGGUCGUCUUCACCAAGGGGCCCUUCAAGGGCAGCUCGAUCACCAUCGCCGGCGCUUACGCUUUCGGCGCGAACCCUCCGCUCUCCAUCGUGGGCGGAACCGGAAAGUUCGCGGGCGCUAAGGGGGUUUACUCCGCUGGCGCUGACCCUGACAGCGAGCACGCGGCGAGCCUCCACUUUGAGUUCACCACCGACAAGAAGAUCGCCGGAGCUUCCGCGUUCGAGACCAUUUACGAUUGGCUCUUUUAGAUCAGCAGCGUUUGUACAAGUCUCUGGUUUCUAAGAGAGGACCGCUAGGCGGUCCAACUAACGUCCUGAAGUCUGAGAGGUUACUGAGGUUUGGUUCGAGCUCGAGGAGUGUUUUGCUGGAGAAUGUAACCAGAGGACUUGUUUUGGCAGUUUUGGCUGACCUAAAUCGGCAUCGGCAGGAGGUUUGAUGCCGAAGGUUGAGGUUGAUGACGUGUAACCCACGCUUAGCGGGCUGGACGGCGUAUUCGCCACAUGAACGCGAGUCGCUUAGUGAGCGUGGUAUUUAAUAACGUAGCGCGUACCAGGACCCUCGUCGUGCGCUAAUUUUUGAUCGCGAAGCACAAAAGAACGUCGUGCUUUGACCACUUUUCCGAUGGGAGAUGUACCGCCGAAUCCGUAAUAUUGAUUGAUAUACCGGCAGCUUACAGCGCUAGGACUUUCCGAUGGUUACGGACCAACAUUUGCCCAUGCGAUUUUGUCUAACCAAGGCUGUACGAAAUUCAUCAAGAACGAUUUCUUUCAG